ACAUUCUAAGGGGGCGUGGUAAUUAUGGCCUAAAGUCCAAGGGGGCGUGGUCAACGCCGCCGCACCAGAUAUAAAUUAACCUCAUGCUCGUCAUCUGUCUACUCACACCAAGUGUCAGCACGGACAGAGGCUUCUCACAAACGAGGACAAGACCAAAUCAGGCAUCAUGGUUAAAGUUGGUAUCAACGGAUUCGGCCGCAUUGGGCGUCUGGUGACCCGUGCUGCUUUCCAGUCCAAGAAAGUAGAGAUUGUGGCCAUCAAUGACCCAUUCAUUGACCUUGAUUACAUGGUUUACAUGUUCAAGUAUGACUCCACCCAUGGAAAGUACAAGGGUGAGGUUAAGGCUGAAGGCGGCAAGCUGGUCAUUGACGGUCAAGCUAUCACCGUCUUCAGCGAGAGGGAUCCAGCCAACAUUAAAUGGGGUGAUGCAGGGGCUCAGUAUGUUGUGGAGUCUACUGGUGUUUUCACCACCAUUGAGAAGGCGUCUGCUCACCUUAAGGGUGGUGCCAAGAGAGUCAUCAUCUCUGCCCCCAGUGCAGAUGCCCCCAUGUUUGUCAUGGGUGUCAACCAUGAGAAAUAUGAUAAUUCCCUUAAAGUUGUCAGCAAUGCCUCCUGCACCACCAACUGCUUGGCUCCCUUGGCCAAGGUCAUCCAUGAUAACUUUGUCAUCAUUGAAGGUCUUAUGAGCACCGUUCAUGCUAUCACAGCUACACAGAAGACCGUGGACGGGCCCUCAGGAAAACUGUGGAGGGAUGGUCGCGGUGCCAGUCAGAACAUUAUCCCAGCCUCCACUGGGGCUGCCAAGGCUGUGGGCAAAGUCAUUCCUGAGCUCAAUGGCAAGCUUACUGGUAUGGCCUUCCGUGUCCCCACCCCCAAUGUGUCUGUGGUGGAUCUGACGGUCCGUCUUGAGAAACCUGCCAAGUAUGAUGAUAUCAAGAAAGUGGUUAAGGCUGCGGCUGAUGGACCCAUGAAAGGCAUUCUGGGAUACACAGAGGACCAGGUGGUAUCCACUGACUUCAAUGGGGAUGUGCGUUCAUCCAUCUUUGAUGCCGGUGCUGGCAUUGCCCUCAAUGAUCACUUUGUCAAGCUAGUCACAUGGUAUGACAAUGAGUUUGGUUACAGCAACCGUGUAUGUGACCUGAUGGCACACAUGGCCUCCAAGGAGUAAAUGUGUCCCCCUUUUUCUGUGGUUUUGAUGCACGACCCACCGUUCUGCCAUCUGGUUGGAUGUUUGCACCACAUGCCUGGAAGGAAAUUACAUGCUUGAUUUGAAGACCAAUGUUAUUUUUAUAUGAAAAUACUCUGUUCUGUUUUGUGAGGUUUAAAAUGGAUGUUGACUUCAAAGGCUUUUCUGUCUAAUAACAACCUGUGACAGAAUAAAGUCCUCUGUUUGUGAGAAA